AUGGGCGCUGGUCCGACCGUCAAUCUCUCGGGAAGGGAUGUUGGGUAUCGUCAAUUUCUGGAUCCUGAGAAGAAGUGGUAUAACAAUAGAAGGCUCAUGGCCUUGAAUGGAUGGCUUCUCCUGCUCCUCAUCACUUCAUCCACGAACGGUUAUGAUGGAAGUAUGAUGAACGCUUUGGAGUCGGAGGAGCAGUGGAACGAUUUCUUCGGAAAGCCAGAGGGCUCAAAGCUCGGUCUCUUUAACGCUAUUCAGAAUAUAGGCUCUCUCGCCGGUUACCCGUUUGCUCCAUACCUUGCUGAUGGAGUUGGCCGUCGUGGGUCGGUGUUCUUCGGGGCUCUCAUCAUGUGCAUUGCCGUCGCGAUUCAGACUGCUGCACAGUCUAUUGGGAUGUUCAUUGGCGCCAGGUUCUUGAUAGGAUUCGGUUUGACUUUCGCCGCAAACGCGGCCCCGAUGCUUGUCACAGAGCUUUCAUACCCUCAAUACCGUGCCCCUUUGACUUCCAUGUACAACUCUCUCUGGAUCGCUGGCGCUGUUAUCUCUGCCUGGGUCACGUUUGGAACGCAAUUCAUAGCCGGAACCUGGUCCUGGCGUAUCCCUUCCCUGAUACAAGGCCUUCCGUCCAUAAUCCAGAUAUGCCUCGUCCUCUUCGCCCCCGAGAGUCCGAGGUGGUUGGUCAGCAAGGGGAGAGAUACCGAGGCUAUUGCGACGUUAGCUUAUUAUCACGCGGACGGGAACGACAAGGACCCACUCGUCGUAUACGAGUACGAGGAGAUUAAAGCGGCAAUCGAGUACGACAGAUCUGUAGCACGAAAUGUGGGAUACAGAUCCCUGUUCGCCACGCCCGGAAACAGACGUCGCAUGCGAAUCAUCAUCGCCUUAGCUUUCUUCAGUCAAUGGAGUGGAAAUGGUCUCAUUUCUUACUACUUGAGUAGAGUCUUUGACACAAUUGGCAUCACCAGCCCAGUCAUACAACUCUUAAUCAACGCCAUCCUGUCCAUGUGGAGCUUCUUCUGGGCAAGCUUUGGGGCCUUCACGGUCGAGCGUUUCGGCCGUCGAUUCCUUUUCCUAACAUCGGUAACGGGAAUGACCAUCUUCUUCAUGCUGCAGACUGUUUGUUCUGCGCUGUAUGCAGAGCAUGGUUCGACCGCUGCCUCUCAUAGCGUCAUUGCCAUGAUAUUCCUGUUCAACGCAUUCUACGCCGUCGCGUUCAGCCCCAUUAUUGUCUCGUACACGGUCGAAAUUCUGCCUUACUCCAUCCGUGCGAAAGGGUUCAACGUAUUCAACUUUACGAUCUCACUUGCCCUCAUAUUCAACCAAUACGUCAACCCCAUCGCCCUCAAUAAGCUUGGCUGGAAGUACUACAUAUUUUAUGUAUGCUGGCUGGCGUUCGAGGGAGUGUAUUGCUAUCUCUUCGUCGUCGAGACAAAGGGUCUUUCACUCGAGGAAACAUCAGCGUUGUUCGACGGUGAAGAUGCGACGGAGAAUAUUGCGAAGCAUGCCGUCGAGCAGAGCAUACACGAGCCUCAUGCUGAAGAGGGUGACGACAGUACUGACGGGAGAAGCGAGAAGGGGUCUAGGAAGAUGAGAGAGGACAUCACAGAAGAAAAGGUGUGA